AUGUACAUCACCCUCUACUACAUAGUCACCCGCCUCCCUGACUCCCUUCGCGUAGUCAGGGACCACUUCCUCUCAGUUUGCCCCACCACUCUCACCGUUGACCUCCUCGAGAAGGCCCUCCUAGCAGCAGAGAAGAGCAUACUAGCUGUAGGAGCCUCUCGUGGUGACCCGCGCACCCCCAUUCGGUCGGUGCGGCGUUUGCCCCUAGUGGGAGACGUCGCCCUGGUAGAGGCAAGGGGGGCAGGGGCGCUGGAGGAGCUAGCGGGGGCGGUGGAGGCGGCGGUGGAGGCAGCGGAGGGGGUGGGGGUGGUGGUGGGAGUGGUGACGGGGGCGGAGGUGUCAGUAGCGGCAAUGGAGGCGGAGGCGGCGGCGGCGGCGGUGGGAGUGGAGGUGGUGGAGGUGGUGGAGGUGGUGGAGGCGGUGGUGGAGGAGGAGGAGGAGGAGGACGUGGCUCGUCGCAGAGGAGUGGCUCCGGUGCUCUAG